AUGGCACGGGCUCGGGAAGAAGCAGGGGACAGCCAACUGGUGUCUGGUAGGGAGGCAUCAUCACGUAUCAUCCGAGUGUCUGUCAAGACCCCACAGGACUGCCAGGAAUUUUUGCUGGCAGAAAAUAGUAGUGUUCGUUACUUUAAAAAGCAGAUCUCCAAGCGCCUUCACUAUGACAUUGACCGACUGGUACUCAUCUUCACUGGAAAAAUCCUCAGGGAUCAAGAUAUACUGAGCCAGCGGGGCAUCCUGGAUGGCACUACGGUCCACUUGGUGGUGAGGACUCGCUUAAAAGGGUUAGCCAUCCAUGGAACUGUGCCAGGCACCACAGGCCACGGUACCCAUCGUUCUGAUCCAACAGCCUCUGACGGGGCUUCGAUGCUCGCCAGGCUGGGUCGGCUGGCCCGGACCUCACCUGAUCUAGCUGACUUCUUUGGUCAGCUGACUCAACUCCUGAUGACUGCACCAGAGUCUGUGGUGCAAUUCUUAGAAGACCCUUUAAUUCAAGGUCUGGAAAGUGAGAAACAAGCAAGUGGCAGCCACAUUCCUGAAUCCUCGAGGUCAGUACAGAAACGUGACUCAGCUCUCAAGACUCUGGAAACCUUGCAGAAGCGAGCCCAGCAGCAGGAGCUCCUGCAGGCAGGGAAGCAGAGGCUGGAGGCCUUGAAGGCAGUUCCAGGUGGUGACAAUGCCAUGCGUCCAGUCUGCUCUGAUCUCCAGCAGCUCAUGCUUUCCACUCUGGCCCUAUUGGUUGUCUCUAAAGGCCACAUCUCAGGUUCAGAGUCUUGCAAAGGAGAAACCAAUGCUCAUGGCAGUUCUGAUACUACCACCACCGUCCCCACCGCUUCCGUGCCUGCUCGGCCAUUGGAACAAGAGGUCAGUACAGGAGUGGUUACCCAGGUCAAGGGCAUGGUCUCGAAUCAGGCCAGUUUAGGGCAUAGGACUGGUAAUCCAGAUUUACAUUCUGGCCAAGAGCUUCCUUCCCAGGACGGCCAACAGUCUGUAGAGAAAAAUUCUCUAACCAAUCAGCUGAGACCUUCACCCUCUAUUUUGCGCGGACUCUUGCAUGCCCUACAGCAGAAUCCAAAUAUGCUACACCAGCUGUCAACUGGCAGUACCCUGCAUCAUCAAAUACCACUACUUUCCAUUCUCACCAAUCCACGAGCACUGCAGGCACUGAUACAGAUAGAGCAAGGCCUACAGAUACUGUCCAGGGAGGUGCCUGCGCUAGGACCAUUCUUACGGGACCCAGCUAGACCACGUGGGGCUAGAGGAGUCGCAGAAAAUAGGGGUGGAAGACAAGGUCAUAGGGAAAACCCUAUGCAACCCACCUUGGCCCUUCUUCAGUUCCUUCAUGAAUUGGUCCACGCCUGUUCCCAGUCUACUCAGUCCUCAUUAUCCUCAUACCUCCUCACCGAAGGUCGCUACCACCAAGAACUUGAGCAGCUGAAGGCCUUGGGUUUUGCUAAUCAUGAUGCCAACCUGCAGGCCCUGAUGGCCACAGACGGAGACAUCUAUGCUGCCAUUGAGAGACUGCUAGGGAUGCCACAAGCCUAG